AUGGCCAUUGCUGCACUGGAGAAGCGCGGGUUCUGGCAGUUGGCGGUUCGUUUGCUAGCAGAGAUGGAUUCUGCAGAGCUUGUGCCCGAUGUCAUUGCAUACAAUAGCACCAUCAGUGCCUGCGAGAAAGGCUUGCAAUGGCAGCGAGCGGUACACCUGAUGAUGCUUAUGCCAAGCAGAGCUAUCUUGCCAGAUGUUAUUAGUUUUAGUGGUGCCAUCAGUGCCUGUGAGAAACUCGGUGAGUGGCAGGUUGCGCUCAGCUUGUUUGCCGAGAUGUGCACAUCGCGCCUGGAGCCAGAUGUGAUUAGUUUCAAUAGUAGCAUCAGCGCGUGUGAGAAGGGAGGCCGAUGGCAGGAGGCUCUGCGUCUCUUCGCAGACAUGUGCGUCAGGAUGUGUCUGCCGGAUGUAAUCAGCUACAGCAGCACCAUCAGCGCUUCUGAAAAGGGUGGGUACUGGAAGGUUGCCAUUCACCUUCUCGCGACCAUGAUUGCCGAUGAGCUUGUUCCGGAUGUCAUCACCUGCAACAGUGCAAUUAGUGCUUGUGAAAAAGGCGGUGAAUGGCAGGUGGCUUUUGCACUCAUGCAGCAAAUGCCGGCACUGACCGCUGUCCCGAAUGUCAUUACGUUUAACAGUGCCAUCACUACAUGCGUGAAGCGCGGCCGGUGGCAAAUUGCGACCCAGGUGUUGGCAGACAUGUCUGAGAGUAAGUUGACGCCGGACGAGACAGGCUAUAACAGCAUCCUCACUGCCUGCGAAAAGGGGCGGCAGUGGCAGACAGUGCUCUGGUUACUGGCGACGAUGCCAUCUCUUCGGUUGGAACCGGAUGUUGUGAGCUACAGUGCUGCGAUCAGUGCAUGCGAACAUGGGCAGUGGACGAUAGCGCUGCAACUUGUUGACGAAAUGGUGGAUGCUGAAGUAGUGGGUGAUGUCAUAUGCUACAACAGUGUACUCAGUGCCCUUGAAUCCAGUGGCCAGUGGUUGCUGACGCUACAGAUGCUACAAGAGAUGGAAUCCUAUGCUGUGACCCCAAAUGUCAUCAGCUUCAGCACCGCCGUCAGUGCGUGCAAGCAGAAAUGGAGAGCAGCACUAAGUAUGUUGUUUCAGAUACCACACUUAGAGGUGUCUCCAAAAGAAGCUUACAACAGUGCCAUCAAGGCAUGUGAACUCGCUUAUCAGUGGCGCGUGCCAGUGCGACUGAUAGAGGACAUGCUUGGGGCAGGGACUGAGCCCGAUGCAAUCAGCUUCAAUGACACCAUCAGUGCGUUCGAGCACGCAGGUAAGCCAGUUUUCACAAUUCCAGUCUUGAUGCAACUGCAGGACAAGUACCAGGGUCUGUGCAAAGCUGUCGAUGCUGCAUUGACCAAAGUUAAGGACUGA